AUGGCGAACCACUACUCCCCAACCGGCGAGAAUCCCUAUGCAUGGGACCUUCAGCCCUGGGAGAGGACCGAGCUCAAGCCCUACGAAAGAUUUUACAUGGAGUACGUGCGAAAACUAACACAACAGCUUACAAUCUUUGGCGGGUUGAUUUCGUUCCUCUUCUUUUAUCUGAUCGUCUUCAGAACCGCAGGGGAACUUCGAAAGUAUCGCCCAAUCUUCUUGAUCUGCUCGUUGACUGACCUGUUUUUCUACGGCAUUAACACGUUCGUUGAAAUUGUAAGUUUUCAAAUUACACGCAGAAACCGUUUUGAUAACCUAAAGUAAUCUUAGUCAUCUCUUUUCAUUCAAAUUUACUUUCAGAAGUCUAAAAUGAAAGAUGGUGUGUUCAUGCUUCGUUUGGAAGGGCCCGCUCAAAGAUACAGCCGUGAAGUGCAACUUUAUGCAGUGAGCGUUUUUGUGGCCACGCUCGGAAUGGCCAUUACUGUUCUUCCGGCGCAAUUCUACUAUCGUUAUUAUACGUUAACACGGUAGGCAGAACUUGUUUAGGGGCUUAGGAAACUCUGUGUUUUUUAGUAAAGCAAAAGCAUUGCUCAUGUAGAGUAGAAGGACAAAUAACUCAAAUUUUUUAUGUAUUUAUUGGCGUGAUAUUGUAUAUAUAAUAUAAUAUAUUUAAAAAACAACAAUCUAUAAUAACUAAAUAGCUUUUAGCGGUAAACCCUUGCCGAUAUGGAAGACUAUGUUUAUCUUCUCCAUUUCUUAUAUGGUCGGUGUUCCAAUGGCAAUCUUAGCAUAUUACAGUUACGGAUUUGGUGCCCCUCGAAAAGGACUCAACUAUGGCCAACUGUGGUAUCCAGACACUCCGUUACCUUUGGUAUUCUACGCCGACACAGUAGGUGCUUUGGCUUUCGGAUAAUUUGUAGGUAUUCUGUUUUUACUCGUUUUUCCCAAUAACUUGACAUUCCGGCUUGCGCUCUUUUACUGUUAAUUUUAUUGCUUUAGCGUGAUCCAGUAAUGAUGCUAUAUUUUGGGUGGGGUGGCACGGUAAUUACUGUUGCAUACAUGGUGUUAUUAUACAUCGCGUACAGGACGUUGAAGCACUUUAACAUGCAAGCGCAGGCUUAUUCGCGCAAAGCCAAAUCAAUGCAAAAGCAGCUCACCUGGUUUUUGAUCAUACAGGUAGGCUAUGCAUUUGUUGUCAAUAAUUAUUUCGCUGUCUUUUUUCGCGAAAUAAUUAUCACCGCAAAAUCACUCCAGCUAUUUUGCAGACGAACCAAUAAUAUCAUAGCAUUGUAAAUAAACCUUUGACCUUACGAGUAUGCAUAACGUAUAUGUAUUCCAGAGUGUGAUUCCCAUAUUUGUUUCAUCUGGACCUAAUGUUUUCCUCGUCAUCACGGCCUUUCUUCGCAUUGACGCUGGAAUCCUCACCACGAUCGUUGUCGAUUUCAUGGGGCUUCUGCCGGUCUGCAACCCGUUCCUUAGCAUUCUGGUCAUCAAGCCAUACCGUCGGAUUGUCGGAGGAGUGUUUAAGAAACAAAAAGUCCCGGCGUUUUCUGUCACAUCAGUUUCGCGGUGA